AUGAGGAAAAAGAUAUGGAUUGGGUCUGCCGUCUCUGACCCCCUCCUGCUUUGUGCUUCAUUUCAGAUUGAUGACAUAGCAGACGGCGCCGUGAAACCCCCGCCAAACAAGUACCCCAUCUUCUUCUUUGGGACGCAUGAGACAGCCUUCUUGGGACCUAAGGACUUGUUCCCUUAUGACAAGUACAAGGACAAAUACGGGAAGCCAAACAAGCGGAAAGGCUUCAAUGAGGGAUUGUGGGAAAUCCAGAACAACCCCCAUGCCAGUUACAGUGCCCCUCCGCCAGCGAGCUCCUCUGACAGCGAGGUUCCCGAGAACGACCCAGUGGCAGGAAGCGACGGAGGAGAGGAGGAAGAGGAAUCCGCUGCCAUGGCGGUUGCUGCCGUUGCUGCAGCGGCCAUGGAGAAGCUGGACAGUGAUGAGGAGUCCGACAAGGGGAGCGACCACAGUGGCCUGAAACGGAAAGCGCUAGCUAUGAAAAUGCCAGUGGCUAAACGACCCCGGAAAUCCUCCAGCGACCUCGACCAGGGCAGUGCGUCUCCCUCGGAAGAGGAGAACUCGGAAAGUUCUUCCGAAUCAGAGAAAAACAGUGACCAGGACUUUACUCCAGAGAAGAAGCCAGUGGUCAGAGCUCCCAGGAGGGCAUCUGCAGGCAGAAGGAAGAAAAAGAAGGCGGAUUCAGGCUCCGACUCGGAUUCCAAAGUGGAUUCGGAAGAGGAAAAGGAGUCUGUGGACGUGACUAAGAUGGACUCGGACUCUGACUCGGACUCGGACGUGUCUGUGAAGAAGGUUCCACGGGGCCGGAAGCCAGCUGAGAAGCCGCCCCCAAAGCCUCGUGGCAGGAAACCAAAGCCCGAGAGAGCCCCGACCAGCUCCAGCAGUGACAGUGACAGUGACAGCGACGUGGACCGCAUCAGCGAGUGGAAGCGGCGGGACGAGGAGCGUCGCCGGGAGCUGGAGGAGAAGAGGAAGAGGGAGCAGGAGGAAGAGAUCCGCAGGCUCCGGGAGCAGGAGAAGGAGGAGAAGGAGAAGAAGAAAGAGAAGGCGGAGAAGGGGGAGGAGGUGCACUCGGACAGCGACAGCAGCGUGGGGGACGAGGUGACCAAGAAAGGCAAGAAGGGCCGUGGCAAGGACCACUUGUCAUCGGACUCUGACUUGGAGCUGGAGCGAGAGGUAAAGAAGCCGCUGAAGAAGCAGCAGCUCUCGGAGUUGUCAAGGAAACCGAAUCAAAAGGAGAAGAGGGGCCGAUCGGAGGAGAAGCCUCACAACAAGCCCUUUAGAGUGGAACGAGGCCGGAGAAAGUCCGACGUGAUCCCGGAGAGGAGGAUGGAGAAGAAGAAGGAGCCCACAAUCGAAGAGAAGCUUCAGAAACUUCACAGCGAGAUCAAGUUUGCGCUGAAGGUCGAUAAUCCGGAUAUCAAGAGGUGCCUGAACGCGCUGGAGGAGCUGGGAACCCUGCAGGUCACCUCUCACAUCCUCCAGAAACACACAGACGUGGUGGCUACGCUGAAAAAGAUCCGCCGCUACAAAGCCAACAAGGAUGUGAUGGAGAAGGCGGCUGAGGUUUACACCCGCCUGAAGUCGCGCGUCCUGGGACCAAAGAUCGAGGCGAACCAGAAAGCCAACAAAACGGGGCUGGAGAAGGAGAAGGGGGACGUGGAGAAGGGGCAGGAGAAGCUGUCGGGAGAGGAGGCCCGGAACGAGAAAGGAGAGGAGGAGACAAAUGCUGAUCUGUCAGCCCCCGUAAACGGCGAGUCUGUGGCCCAGAAAGGGGAGAACGCGGAGGAUAAGGAGCGAGACAAAACCCAGGGAUCUGGCGAUGGAGACCAAGAGGCAUCCCUGGAAGACACACACGACGGGCAAGACUUUCCUGAGAUCAAAAGGCCUGGACUGGACAGGGAAAGGGUCCGCCUGGAGUCGGAGUCCGUGGACGAGGAGGAGGACAGCUGAGGGGGCGAAUCCCGCGUGGACGAGAACACUUGCAGGGUCUCCGCACUGACGGCAGCGAAGGAGACUGUCUCGGCCUUGCCCCCAGAGUUACUUCACUAAGUCGCACCGUAGAUGAUGCGUAGGUCUCGUUCCCCCGCCCCUCCUGCUCCUGUGAAAGGAAAGAACUUCUGGGGAGGCUCUGUGCUGUAUGUUUGUAUUUGUCUCCUUGUUUGUUUGGGGUAUUUUUUUUCCACCUAAAUUCUUGUGAUUUAAACCGACAUGAACUGAACAUAAAGGGUUUUUUAAUGAAAAAAUA